CUCACUCUUCUGUCUCUCUCUCUUUCUCUUUCCCUCUAUGUCCCUCUCUCUUCCUUUUACCUUUAUCCCUCGUCUUUCGCUCGUUUUCCCCUCACCACAAUAAUGGAUCUCACGGCGAGAUGUUUGUGUCUCCUAUCCUGUCUUGGCGUGAUACAGGCGAUCGAUUUGGAAGCGAUCGAUCCGGGCUACUAUGUGGAGCCCACUGCCACAUCAGAGGCGAUCGACUAUAAGGAUCCCUGUAAAGCUGUUGCCUUUCUGGGAGACAUUGCUCUGGACGAGGAGGACCUGCGAUCGUUCAAAGUGGACAGAAUCAUAGAUUUGGCUCAGAGAACCGUCCAAAUCAUUAAUCACACAGACACAGGGUCAACCAACCAGAGUAGCCAAAACAGGCAUGGUUCACGCCGCAGGAAACGGGCGGCCACCUCCAGACCUGAGCGCGUUUGGCCUGAAGGGGUUAUUCCCUAUGUCAUCAGUGGAAACUUUAGUGGCAGCCAGCGGGCGAUAUUCCGCCAAGCCAUGCGCCACUGGGAGAAGCACACCUGCGUGACUUUCAUUGAGAGGACACAGGAGGAGAGCUAUAUUGUCUUCACCUACCGACCAUGUGGGUGUUGCUCCUAUGUGGGACGUCGUGGAGGGGGCCCUCAGGCCAUAUCCAUCGGGAAAAACUGCGACAAGUUUGGCAUUGUGGUGCACGAGUUGGGUCACGUGAUUGGAUUCUGGCACGAACACACGCGGCCCGACCGAGACGAACACGUCAGCAUUAUCAGGGACAACAUUCAACCAGGACAAGAGUAUAACUUCUUGAAGAUGGAGCCGGGGGAGGUGGACUCUUUGGGAGAAGUCUAUGACUUUGACAGUAUCAUGCACUAUGCCAGGAAUACAUUCUCCAGAGGCAUCUUCCUGGACACCAUCCUGCCACGCUACGAUGUGAACGGAGUGCGACCACCCAUUGGCCAGAGAACCAGACUGAGCAAAGGGGAUAUCGCACAGGCACGCAAACUCUACAAAUGCUCCAGAUGUGGGGACAGUCUGCAGGACAGCAGCGGGAACUUCUCCUCCCCUGGCUUCCCCAAUGGAUACUCAGCCUACAUGCACUGCAUCUGGAGAAUAUCAGUCACACCAGGGGAAAAGAUCAUUCUGAACUUCACCUCCAUGGAUCUGUACAGGAGCCACUUGUGUUGGUACGACCAUGUGGAAAUCCGAGAUGGAUACUGGAGGAAGGCGCCUCUCAAAGGUCGUUUCUGUGGCGAUAAGCUGCCUGAGCCAAUCAUCUCCACCGACAGCCGACUGUGGAUUGAGUUCCGCAGCAGCAGUAACUGGGUGGGGAAAGGUUUCUCUGCUGUUUAUGAAGCCAUCUGUGGUGGGGAGGUGAAGAAAGACAACGGUCAGAUCCAGUCCCCCAACUACCCCGAUGACUACCGGCCCAACAAAGUGUGCGUGUGGAAGGUUACUGUAGCCCAGGGAUACCACGUCGGCCUUACCUUUCAGUCUUUUGAGAUUGAGAGACAUGACAGUUGUGCCUAUGACUACCUGGAAGUGCGAGAUGGAAACUCUGAAACCAGUCCCCUACUGGGACGCUUCUGUGGCUACGACAAGCCAGACGACAUCAAAACCAGCUCCAACCAGCUGUGGAUGAAAUUUGUUUCAGAUGGUUCGGUCAACAAGGCCGGCUUUGCUGCCAACUUCUUCAAAGAGAUGGAUGAGUGCUCCAAGCCGGACAACGGUCGCUGUGAGCAACGCUGUGUCAACACACUAGGCAGCUACAAGUGUGCCUGUGACCCGGGCUAUGAGCUGGCUGCUGACAAGCGCAGCUGUGAGGCCGCCUGCGGUGGCUUCAUCACCAAGCUGAACGGGUCCAUCACCAGCCCGGGUUGGCCCCGAGAGUACCCCCCGAACAAGAACUGCAUCUGGCAGCUGGUUGCCCCCACACAGUACCGCAUCACUCUGCUCUUUGACGUCUUCGAGACUGAGGGCAAUGACGUCUGUAAGUACGACUACGUGGAGGUGCGCAGUGGGCUGUCAGCAGAUUCAAGGCUGCAUGGGAAGUUCUGCGGGGCAGAGAAACCAGAAGCAAUCACCUCCCAGUACAACAACAUGCGCAUUGAGUUCAAAUCCGACAACACAGUGUCCAAAAAGGGCUUUAAAGCGCAGUUCUUCUCAGACAAAGACGAGUGCUCCAAGGAGAAUGGUGGCUGUCAACAUGAGUGCGUCAACACGUUCGGGAGCUACAGCUGUCAGUGCAGGAGUGGCUUUGUGCUGCAUGAGAACAAACAUGACUGCAAAGAAGCUGGCUGUGAUCACACCGUGAACAGUGUGAGCGGUGUCAUCACCAGCCCCAACUGGCCGGAUAAAUACCCCAGCAAGAAGGCAUGCACCUGGGCACUCACCACCACUCCGGGCCACCGCAUCAAAAUCGCCUUCAAUGAGCUGGACAUGGAGGCCCACCUGGAGUGUGCCUAUGACCACAUUGAGAUUUACGACGGGCGAGAUGGGAAAGCUCCGAGUCUGGGUCGCUUCUGUGGCACCAAGAAGCCCCCGCCCAUCAUGUCUAGUGCCAACAAGCUGUUUGUUCGCUUCUUCUCUGAUAACUCCGUGCAGAAGAAAGGCUUCGAGGCUUCCCAUACUGCAGAGUGUGGAGGCCGCCUAAAGGCUGAGGUAAAAACCAAGGACCUGUUCUCCCAUGCCCAGUUCGGGGACAACAACUACCCCGGAGCCUCGGACUGCCAGUGGGUGAUUUCGGCGGAGAAAGGCUACGGCGUGGAGCUCAUCUUCCAGACCUUUGAGAUCGAAGAGGAGGCGGACUGCGGCUACGACUACAUGGAGCUCUUUGACGGAGCCGACACCAAGUCUCCACGGCUGGGACGUUACUGUGGCUCAGGGCCUCCGGAGGAGAUCUACUCGGCCGGUGACUCCAUUGUGAUCAAGUUCCGCUCCGACGACACCAUCAACAAGAAAGGAUUUCACGUGCGCUACACCAGCACCAAGUUCCAGGACACACUGCACUCACGCAAGUGACCAGCGGGGGCCGGAAGGGGCCGUGCGGGGCAGAGGGGCAAACGAAGGGGCCCCCAGGGGAGGCGCCAGCCUGACGCUCGGAAACCUUCGGCCGCCACGACGAAUCAAACACGACAGAACAGCCGCAAGAACGCCAACCGCAUCUCAGCUCCUAGGGGCUCUAGCUCCCCCCGCAGACUGUGAGGAGUAAAGCCAUUCUGCAGUACACCUUGUUUUUACCUUUUUAUGGUUAGGAUUGGGGUGGGAGGAUGAAAACGUCCACCUUAGGUGGACAGUAGGGGAAAAUUUAUUGACCAGAUCGCUCGAUAAUUUUUGGGUUUCUUCUAUUUUUUAAUUUUAAUUUUUUUAAACGUGCCUCCUUAAUGAGUGGCACAAAGGAAAACAGUGGAUUCUCAGGACCUGUAGGAAGACAGGCAUCAGCUGGACAGAUCCCUGCUUUUGUCGGGCCAGCCCUCCAC